AUGUGUUUGAAGGCCAUUUACAAGAUGGUGGGCUCCGUGAUCAAAAUGCCCGAAGAUGAACAAACUCCGCUGCAGAGGACCAACAAGAUAUUCAAACAGAUGGACAAAAACGUGGAUGGGAAACUGUCCCUGGCAGAAUUCAUAGAAGGAACCAGAAGCGACCCCUCUAUUGUGCGGCUGCUGCAGUGCGACCCGAGUGGGGCCAUUUACAAGAUGGUGGGCUCCGUCAUCAAAAUGCCCGAAGAUGAACAAACUCCGCUGCAGAGGACCAACAAGAUAUUCAAACAGAUGGACAAAAACGUGGAUGGGAAACUGUCCCUGGCAGAAUUCAUAGAAGGAGCCAGAAGCGACCCCUCUAUUGUGCGGCUGCUGCAGUGCGACCCAAGUGGGGUGGGGACAUCCUAG